AUGUUGUGUUUAUCCAGGAUCACAGAGGCCUUUGUAAAGGCAAAUGGGCACAUCUGGAUUACAAACACAGAUGGGGAGGAGUUCACUCUCUCCACAGCCAUAGAUAACAUGGAGGCCUACACCAAGCUGACAGAUUCUGUGUUUGACGAAAUACUCAAGUCCUCCUCCCCAGAGCUGGCUGAGGCGAGGAAGAUUCUGGAAAGAAUCUAUUCUCGACAACUCUACAAGUUUCUGGGCCAAACAAAGGCUCUGCAAAAGAAGAAAAUAAGAAAUGAUGAAAGAUACAUUGAUGUCACCAAGGAGAUAAUUUCCACUUGGAAAAAGGAACUGGCUCAAGCCCUCCCUCAGACUGAUGCUCAGGACGGGCUCAAGCCAGAGGACUUUGAAAUUAUUAAAGUCACUAUGAACUAUGGGAAGAGAGACCAGAAUCCUGUUAAUGAUGUAUAUUUCUACAGCAAAAAUGAUCAUACUAGAGCUUUCCAGAUCCCUCAAGAACAGAUGUCUGAGCUGCGCCCAACAUGCUUUUCUGAGACGCUGAUCAUGGUUUACUGCAAGAGGACUGAUGACAAGAGUCUGGAGGCUGCCAAGAAGCACUUUCUCCAGUGGUGCAGAAACAAGGGCUUUCAGGUUGGAGACACAGUGGGACUGUAGCUCAUCACUAAUGGCUAAAACAAUGAAGCUGAAGAUGUGGAAGACAGAGA